CCCGGCUCGCCAUCGCCCCGUCCGGAGCGGCGCGGUCGUUGUGCGCGCAAACCGGCGGCGGCGGCGGCGAUCAUCAUGCCUGGCCGUCGGAGCGGCGCCCUGUCGGAGCGGAGCCCUUUGCUGGCUUACCGGCUGUGCAGCAGCUCCUCGCUGGAGGCGGACGAGGCGGCCCCGACGGCGUCCCGCAAGCUCUCCACCUUCCUGGGCGUCGUGGUGCCCACUUUGCUCUCCAUGUUCAGCGUGGUGCUUUUCCUCCGCCUGGGUUUCGUGGUGGGUCAGGCAGGAUUGUACCAAUCGCUGGUGAUGUUUCUGGUGGCCUAUUUCAUCAUCGGAAUGACAGUCUUGUCGGUGUGCGCGAUCUCCACCAACGGGGCUCUGGAUGCCGGGGGGGCCUACUACAUGAUCAGCCGGGCGUUGGGCCCCGAAUUCGGUGGAAGCAUCGGCCUCAUGUUCUUCUUUGCCAAUGUUUGUGGCAGUGCCCUCUACAUCUUGGGCCUGGUGGAGGCCGUGGUGGAUGACUUUGGCAGCCCGGCAGAGGGGACUAUUGGAACAGCCACACAGGUCCUGCCCCGCGGCUACUGGUUUGAUCUCUUGUAUGCCACGGUCCUUCUGUUCCUGUGCCUUCUCGUCUGCCUUGUGGGUGCCGGCAUCUACGCUAAGGCCACCUUCCUCAUCUUCCUCAUCGUCAUGGUGGUGCUGGGCACUGUCUGCAUCAGCUUCUUUAUCGUGGGCGUCAGGGUCGUGGGGCUUCCCGCGACCACGGAUGGCAACCGCACCGAACUCGCCAAUGCAUCCUUCACGGGAUUCAAACUCAGCACCCUCCUGGAUAAUCUGCAUGCGGACUACAGUGUCGAUUACACAACUGGCCGGCUGAUGAGCUUCAGCACUGUCUUUGCCGUCAUGUUUAACGGUUGCACAGGAAUCAUGGCUGGGUCAAACAUGUCAGGCGAUCUCAAGCGGCCCAGCUAUUCCAUUCCUCGGGGCACCAUCAUGGCCGUGAUGUUCACCUACAUCGUGUACAAUUUGUUGGCGGUUCUCCUGAGCUGCACCUGUGACAGGAGUCCCCACACAGUCCAUUUUAGAUGCCAGUACAACCAUUCUUUCAUUUUUCUCUCCCCCCCACCCUCUGUACUGCCUGUCCCUUGGGAUAAAGGCAAAGUUUUGAGCCCAGCGAAGCAGACCUCGCGUGGGAACCCCUGGAUGGCUGUCAUUUUCUCCUGGAUCCUUGUACAGCUGGUGCUGUUUUCCGGGAAGCUGAAUACCAUCGCUGCAGUGGUCACCAUCUUCUUCCUCCUGGUUUACGCUACGGUGGAUUUGGCCUGCCUGGCGCUCGAGUGGGCCUCUGCCCCGAACUUCAGGCCCACCUUCAAGUAUUUCACGUGGCACACCUGUGUGCUGGGCAUUGCUGGCUGUGUCGUGAUGGUCUUCCUCAUCAGCCCCAUCUACGCUUCGGCCAGUGUGGCCUUCAUGGUCAUCCUGCUGGUGGCCCUCCAUUACCUGUCCCCCAGCAGCAGCUGGGGCUACAUCAGCCAAGCUUUGAUCUUCCACCAGGUCCGCAAGUACCUGCUGCUGUUGGACAUCCGUAAAGAACACGUCAAAUUUUGGCGCCCGCAAGUCUUGCUGAUGGUACGGAAUCCACGCACCUCCCUCCAGCUCAUCCGCUUCAUCAACGACCUCAAGAAAAGUGGCUUGUACGUGCUCGGCCACGUAGAGCUGGCGGAUCUGGACUGCCUCCCUUCUGACCCCUUGCCGGACCAGUCCGACUCCUGGCUGCAGCUGGUGGACCGGUUGAACAUCAAAGCCUUCGUCAACCUGACACUCGCCAGCUCGGUGCGGCGCGGCACACAGCAGCUGCUCUUCAUCUCGGGACUAGGAGGCAUGAGGCCUAACACCAUCGCGCUGGGCUUCUAUGACAACCCGCCCCUGCUAGACAACGUGUCCCAGCCCACCGCCUUCAGCAGCGACGAGGCAAUUUGGCAUGACUUCCCUCCCGUCUGGAGCUCCGGAGGCCCCAAGCAGCUUUCUUCCUGGGAGUACGUGGCCAUCAUCUGCGACGCCAUGAAGAUGUCGCGCAACGUCCUUCUGGCCCGCUACUUCGACCAGCUCCAGCUGCCUCAGACCGCCGGGUGGCGAGCCCAACCUCUCAUCGAUGUCUGGCCCAUCAACCUCCUGCGGCCCGACAGCGCCCGCUACGUCGACACCAGCAGCCUCUUCCUGUUACAGAUGGGCUGCGUCCUGGCCAUGACUCGGUCGUGGCGACGGUCUCGGUUGCGCCUCUUCCUGUGCGUGCAGAGUUGCACCAGCCCCCAGGGCCAGGAGGACAAGCUGCGGCAGCUUCUGAAGAGCCUGCGCAUCCAGGCAAAAGUCCAGCUGGUGCUGUGGGACGACGUGGUCGCUCUCCAUUGGCACAGCCGCCAGGAAGACUCGGCGGACGGCGCCCUCAACUUCUCCAGCAACAUAACCUCAGUUUCCGACGAGUACUUGACUGCGGUUAACCAGCUGAUCCUCCAACAGAGUUCCGCCCCUACUGUCCGCUUCCUUUACCUGCCCCGUCCUCCCGCGGACACUAAUUUAUACCCCAGGUAUUUGGAACAGCUGGAGAUCCUGACCCACGGACUGGGCCCCACACUGCUGGUGCAUGGGGUGAGUGCCGUCACGAGCACUCAGCUGUAAAGCAGGGUGGUCUGUUGUCCACGGUGGGCAAGGGUUGGUGGUUGACAGAACACCAGGCCGAGGUGGCCCUUAAGGAUCGAAGGGAAGGGGAGAUGAAGAUCGACCAGCAAUAUUCUUGCCUGAAGUUGGGGUUCCACAUCUCCCCAAGCUUUUCCUCCCAGGCUGGGGUGCUGCGAUGCCUCCCAACGCACGGCAACGGUGCAAGCAAGGUUGGAGGCCCCGGCUCAGUGGUCCUAGCCGAGAGCUUCCGUCGAGCGGCGUCUUCUCUGGGCUGCUUUUCCAGACUCCCGAGAGAACGAACUCCUUGUAACAACCAAAGAAUAGGGACCUGAGUCUGGGUCCUUCAUCUUUGGAGUUUUGGGCAGCCAGAAAGUUCUUUGGCGCCGGUGGCUUUGGAAAACUCUGUGACGGCUGCCUUUCUUUGCACGCUUGUAAAGAUGGGAACAGAAUUAAAGGUGGCAUUGUUGGAUUUAAAACUCUGGUGAUGGCAGGGGAGCUGUUUCUUACUAACAACAAUCAGGAUUUAAAGCAGGGGUCGCCGAACUUGGCAACUUUUAAGACUUGUGGCCUUCAACUCCCAGAAUU